AUGGCUCUGUGGGGAGCCUGGUCGGGGAGUCUUCUGGGGGGCAUGGCUCUGGGGCGCGGGGACGCGCACGGCGGGGGAAGGGGGGAGACGGGCGGCGGAGCCGGCGGUACAGGCGGGUCGGGCGGGGCGGGCGGAGGGGGCGGAGCGGGAGGGGUGGACUGGCGCGGGUGGAAGGUGACGCGGAGGUUGGAGUUUGAGGGGGCGGACUGCGCGCUGAUAAAGGCGUUCCUGGGGGAUAGGGACGCGUGGGCGUGUCUCGAGGAGAGCGCUGCGAAUCGAAUUUACAUCUUUGAGUAUCUCAACACUGUUCGGACCUCCCACCCGGCACUACUGCAGACCUACCAGGCGGUCUUGCUGUCCCACGGGCUGACCACAGAAGCACUGAGGGCGCAGAGGCGGGAGGUGCUGCAGCUGUUCGCUGUGCUGCUCACUGCACAGGACGGGCUGUGGAAGCUAAAAAAAGGGCAGCUUCUCGACCUCAUCUGCCACUCGGACGCCUGGAAGAAGACACAACAAGCACAACAGGCACAGCAGGCGCAGCAGUCACAGCAGGCGCAGCAGUCACAGCAGGAGACACGAGAGGCACAACAGGUUGCGGGUGGGGAUGAGCGGAGUGCGGGGGGGGGAAGGGCGGGUGGGGCGACGGGUGGUGCUGUGAGGGAUGUGGUUGCUGGUGGGAUAGCAUCCAUGAUGAGGAUGGAGGAAGAGGAUGAGGAGGAGGAGGAUUUGUAUGGAGAGGGGUAUGGAGAGGAGGAAGAGGAGGAUUUGUACGGGGAGGAGAGUGGGGGUGGGGUGGGAGGGGGAGUGAGGGAGGGGGAAGGGGGGAGUGUGGAGGGGAGAGAGGCGAAUGGUGCGGUGAGUGAAGGGGAGGAGGAAAGGGAGAGUGGGGAGAGCGAGGGAGAUGGGGAGAGCAGGGGUGGUGGAGGGAAAGAGGAAGAGGACGAGGGCGGAGGAAUGGGGGUGCUUAGACUGCCGAGUAUUCGAGUGGGGGAUAUGAGGAAAGUGAUGCAGGAGAAAAGGGUUCAGCAGGAGUGGGAGGUGCAGCAACAGCAGGAGCGGCAACUGCAGCAACAGCAGCAGCAACAGCAGCAGCAGCAGCAGCAGGAGCAGCAGGGAGGGGAACGGGAAGGAGAAGGGAUCUUAAGGGUCACAUCCGCCCUUGAUGACAUCCCUCCUGCCGCUACAACCGCCCCGGCCCCCGUCUGUCCUGCCGCUACAGCCGCCCCUGCCCCCACCCUUCCUGCCGCUACAACCGCCCCUGCCGCCGUCCCUCCUGCUCCUGCCGCUACAGCUGCGUUCACUGCCUCCCUAGCAAGCGGCGCUGCUGCCACGUCUGUAGCGGCAGCAAAGGCGGCUGUAGCGCUGCCACCUUCCCCCGUCCCUCCCCCUGCUGUAGCCGCCCCUGCCGCCAUCCCUCCUGCCGCCGCUACAGCCGCCUUCACUGCCUCCUUGGCGAGCGGCGCUGCUGCCACGUCUGUAGCGGCGGCCAAGGCGGCUGCAGCGCUGGCAGCUUAUAAACGCUCCUCCACCCCCCCGAAGAGUCCUGUGGAUCAUGAUACGUGGGAUUCGGGGGAGGAGGAGGAGGGGGAGGGGAGCGGGGGGUGGGGAGGAGCUGUGGGGAGGAAAGGCAGGGCUGCAAGCUAUGGGGGGGUGACUGGUGUAGAGCGAGGGGAAGGGUCGAGGGAAGGUGGGAGAGUGAUAGGGGGAUUGGUAGGUGGGGGGGUUGGGGACAUAGAGGGGAGGGGAUUAGGACAAAAGGUGGAGAUAGAGACAGGAGGGGAAGGAAGAGGAGUGAGUGGAGCAGGAGGAGCAGGAGGAGCAGGAGUAGACGCAAAUGUUCCAGGGGUUAGUGUGGCUAGUGGCAGUGCGGUUGGUGGUGGUGCGGCUGCUGGCAGUGCGGUGUGGCAAGGGAGGGAGUGGUUGGGAGGAGUGGAGGUGUUUGGGAGUGCCAUCGACAACAUGUGGAGCCCGCUUCCUGUGUUCCUGGGGAGCAAUGCAGUGUGUGGCCACGUGGACCUGUGCCAGCUGGACGCCAGCCUGGCGCGUGACGUGGCAGAGCUGCAUGCGUUCCUGUGCCCCGGCGGUGACGUCAGCAGCAGCAGCAGCCACCCUGGUGACGUCAGCAACACCGGAGGCGGCGGCAGGAGCAAAACGAGUGAAUACAUACAGCAGUGGUCCUCUUUGCUCCCCCGCACAGCCCUGCACACUCGCUUCCUGGCCGUUCCAACUGCUCUCAGGCGCAGGCAGAAGCAGAUGGAGGAGAGGCAGGGGCAGAAAAGGCAGGUGCAGCAGCAGGGGGGAGAGAAGGGAGAGCAAAAGGAGACGCAGCAGGAGGGGCAGAAGAAGGGGAAGCAGGAGGGGUGUUUGGUGCUGCAGGCGCUGCAGCGAGGGGUGUGGAGGAAUGAAGAACUCACUCAGGAUGUGCUACAGCAGCUGGGGGUGGGAAUGUUGCAGCUGAGCACGUUCCAGGAGGCUUUGCAGAGCGGUGCAGGUGGUGUUGAGAGCGGUGUAAAUGGUAGCACCGACAAUGGCUCUUUAAGCCAAUUAGAGGCUCGGGCACUAGCAGCACUAGAAGACGAUCUUAGCUUCAAUGCCAAGGCUGCGGUUCAGGAGCAACGGGCUGCUGCAGAGGCUCGGGCAGUCCUUGCCGAAGCUGAGGAGCAGCUUCGGCGAGCACAGGCAGCAGUGGACCGAGCCAGAGCUGCUGCCUCGGAGGCAACCCACCGGGCCGAAGCUGCUGCUGCGGAGGCUCGGGAGGAGAUGGAUCAGCUGGAUGAGGCUCGGGAGCAGGUUCGGAGAAAGGCUGAGGAGUGUCGGCGCGCUUGGGACCGCCACAUCAGCAUCGUUCGCCAGCUGGCGGCUGUAUCGCCUGGUGCGUGUGGCAGGAGGUCUUAUUCCAAAAGGCGCAAGGAGGAGUUUGAAGCGGCAGCGAGGAGUUAUGAGGAGUACUUGACGCUGUGGGAGGAGCUUGAGUGCAUGGGUCGAGGGAGCAUGCCGGAAACUCCGCAGGCUCAAUAA